UCAAAAACGCCAGAUUUCAAAAUUCAAAUAUCUUAUCUUCUCUCUCUAGGAUUUAGGGAAGCAGAAGGAAACAGGAAGAGAGAUAUCGCAGCCAUGGAAGGAAUCAGUACCUUAGAUCCAGAGACAGCGUUUCUACUUUCCAAUAAAACAACUGGAAACGAAUGGGAACUUUUCAAAGAAAACGUUAGACCUAUGAAAAGAGGACGAAAUGUUAAUGUUUUAAACGAAGCACUCAAAUCACAAACUGAUAAUCACCUCAAAAAAUCUCUCAUUGAGGAAAGAAGGAGACUUAUUACGGCAAUUGAUGAAUAUAAAGGAGAUGAUCCUCUUAAACCUUGGAUCGAGUGCAUCAAAUGGGUCCAAGAGUCCUUUCCCACCGGUGGAGACUGUUCGGGAUUGGUUGUGAUUUAUGAACAAUGUGUACGUGCUUUUUGGAAUUCGGAGCAGUACAAGGAGGACCGUCGUUACCUCAAAGUGUGGUUGGAAUAUGCAGAGAAUUGUGCUGAUGCUGAGGUCAUAUACAAGUUUCUUCAGUCAAACGGGAUAGGUCAAUCACAUUCGGCAUAUUACAUUUCAUAUGGUUUAUAUUUGGAGUCAAAAAAUAAGCUGAAAACUGCAAAUGAAAUAUUCAACCUUGGCAUGGAGAGGAAAGCACAGCCAAUAGAGAAAAUGGAAGCAUCUUUCAGGAAGUUUUUUACUCGCUCCAUGAGAAGACCUCAAGCUCCUGUAGAGGAGCCAGAAGAUAGUCAUUUACCUCACAGAAGCUUUGGAACUGUCUUGACUACAGGAGAAGCCAGAAGACAGUUGAAGCAGAAAACUGACCUUGCUAACAAAAAGCUGAAGCUAGAUAGGUGUCCUUCAACGAUUUCCAUUUACAAAGAUACAAAUGAGAGUGCUGCCCCAAGUCAUCAACCAGAAAUAUUGAAGAAUGACAAGAAAGUAUUCUCUCUUGGAACUCGUUCGGAGCGAAAUAAGGAGAAUUCUGCAAUACCUGCUAAGUGGACUUCAACUAAGAUUCCGCAAAGACCUGUAUCUAGAGCUGUACCAGCAGCUAGCGCUUGUAUUCAGGUGUUCGUUGACGAAGAAUGUGCAGAAUCAGCGAAAGCCGCCAAAGAUGAAAAGUCUUCGCUCAAGCAACUUAGGAGAGUGGAUGGUGCUGAACUUAAGAAGGAGUCAGAGCUGCUGAAGGCAAACCCAUUGCGUAAUUUUCCAGCACACAGUCUUCCUAGAUAGACAAUAAUAGUUUCAACCAUUAUGUGUUGUAUUGCAUCUUAUUUUGCAUUGAUCGGCUUUUUCCUCUAAAGCAUGAUCUUGCAUUGACCCUUUUUUUAUUUGUUUGUUUGGUUGAUUUUCAAGAAAGACUUGCGGUUUUUAUUUGCUGAGAGGCCCGUUGUUGUACUAAACUUGUUAUUGAUAAAAAGCUUGCUGAAAGAAUUAUCAGCAACUUUUUUUUC